AUGUCUUCCUCUGUCAAGCUUGCGGAGUACCUCUUUACUCGUCUACGCCAAUUGGGCGUCGAUUCCCUCCACGGAGUGCCGGGAGAUUACAACCUCACUCUCCUUGACUAUGUCCAGCCCUCGGGCCUGCGAUGGGUCGGAAAUGCCAAUGAGCUCAACGCCGCCUAUGCCGCUGAUGGUUAUGCGAGAAUCAAGGGCCUCGGAGCCAUCGUCACAACCUUUGGUGUCGGCGAGCUCUCUGCAGUUAAUGCGAUCGCUGGUGCAUACGCCGAAUUUGCUCCAGUAGUGCAUAUCGUUGGCAUCCCAGUUCGCGACGCUCAGCAAUCUCGUCGGCUGAUUCACCAUACCUUUAACGAUGGUGAAUACCGCCGCUUCGCCGCUAUGCAUGCGCACGUCACCGUGUAUCAGGCGUGCUUAAACGACCCUCGGACAAGCGCAGAGCAGAUUGAUGAGGCUCUCAGGCAGUGUCUACUACAUAGCCGACCCGUCUACAUCGAAGUCCCUGUUGACAUGGUGGCCAAGCCUCUGUCCGCAGAGAGGCUACAGUCUCCAAUCGUCCUCCCGGAAGCGCAGCCCAAUGGGGAUGAAGAUGAGGUUCUUCGCAAGGUCAUGAACAGAAUCUACAGCGCAAAGCAGCCUCUUAUCGUCGUCGAUGGCGAGACCAGGCCGCUUAGAAUCUGCGAGGACGUUCAGACUCUCAUCAAGAACACCAAGUGGCCGACAUGGUCAAUGCCUUUCGGCAAGGGUCUUACAGAUGAGACGCUAGACAACUUCCAUGGAGUCUACAAGGGGUGUUUUGAUGAUCAAACCGUUCAGGACUUUUACCAAGGCUCAGACUUGGUCCUCUUCUUUGGUCCGCAUUUCAGCAACACCAACAGCAGCAAUUACACCACCAUUCCAAAAGACGACGCCGCAAUCUUGUUUACUAUCAAUGGAGUACAGAUUGGCACUCGGCUAUUCAGAGAUGUAUCAUCAAAGAACAUCGUCUCCCGCCUAGUACGCGAUCUGGAUUCCAAGCAAGUGCCAUCCUACACCCCUUAUCCCAAGCUGCCUCGCGACAUCCUCCUUCCCAUCCCGGAUAAACCGACAGAUGAGAUUCUCGCUCAAGACAAGUUGUGGAAGACUCUGGCAAACGUCAUUGAGCCUGGAGAUAUCAUCCUCGGCGAGACUGGUACUGCUGGCUUUGGCGUUCGAGAGAUGGCCAUUCCUCAGCACACUAGAGUUUUUACACCUGUCACUUGGCUGUCCAUCGGUUAUAUGCUUCCCGGUGCUCAAGGAGCUGCCCUCGCACAGAAGGAGCUUAUCGAGGCUUCCAAAUACCACGGUUUGUCGUCAGCAAAGACCAUCCUAGUCAUUGGCGAUGGAAGUUUCCAAAUGACAGUCCAAGAACUCGCAACCAUGGUUCGGCAUCAUCUCAACGUCGUCGUCUUUCUCAUCAACAACGACGGUUAUACCAUCGAGCGAUGCAUCCACGGGCGGAAUCAAGAGUACAACGACGUCACUCCUUGGCGAUAUCUCCAAGCGCCAUCCUUCUUUGGAGCCAAGGAGACAACCUAUACUGGUUCCGCAAAGACCUGGCGUGAGCUGAAGGAGGUGCUAGAGAAUGAGGGGUUGACAAAGGGUAAGGAGCUUAGGAUGGUGGAGAUCUUUUUGGAUCGGGACGAUUGUCCCAAGGGGCCAUUGUGGAACUAUAUGGAGGCACAAAAGAAUGGCAAGGGAGUUUUGAACUAG